AUGCCGACCGACAACAAGGGUGCGUCUUACACCUACAAGAACUCGGGCACCAACAGCCAGGGCAAUCACUACUGCAGCCGUGACUAUGGAUCGGAUGCCGUGAACCAGAAUUCCUACCACUACUCCAACCAGGAUGGCUCCUACUACUACUCCAACUCGGAUGGUAGCACUUACUACAACACUGGCAAGGGUGAAGCCUGGUACACUCCUGCCGACUCGAAUGGUUCCUACUACUACUACAACACCAGCCAGGAAAAGUCCUCGAAUAAGUGA